AAUCAUUCAUUGUUGCUUACAAAUAAUUUCGUGUGAUCGAACGGUUUCGCUAACUUGACAUAUAUGACCCUUGUCGCAUGGGCACAUCGUAACCAGAACAUUCGAUUCUAAAAUUUACAAUUUACAAUUUACAGCUGUGCGGAGGCGGGAGCAGGGGGCAGCGAGCACCUAGCAGCGCGCGGCCGGCGACUCCACCGAGACACCUCAGCCGGCCGCGCGGUCGCGGUUGCCUCCGGCUGGCUCCUCGCCUCGAUGGUGGGGAUGUACCAGCACCAACUCCGCGACGACCCCUUCGACACCCUAAGCGGCGGCCACUGCGGUGAGCAGCCACGCGUUGCCGGCGGCGGCGCCUCCUCCUCCUCACCCUCGGCUGUUCAUGACCCGCUGUCUGCAGAGGUACAUGGCGGCGGACAGCCGCGGCAGCGGGUCGAGGCGCUUGCCGACGGAAGAAGCAUGUUGCGCGGCGGGGGAAGCGGUAUAGUUGGCGCCGCGGGUGGAGAUCUAGGGGUGCUAGUGCGGUGGAUGCGGGAACUCGCAGCGGAUCCCGUGGGUCCACUUCCGGCGCCAUCAGAGCACAGGGUGAGGAAGCGGCACGUGCUGGCCUGGCGGCGCGCUCGCUACCUCAGAUUGGAGGACGUGGCGGACGCAGAAGAGCUUCCCAGCUUCUCCAAGAAAAGGAAGCUCUACUGGGAUCAAAAAAAGAAAGGCUGCUUGAACAUGCCAACAAGGAAAUCUGAGAGGCUUGCUAAGAGAAUGAAACUCAUGGCAUCAUUGCUCCUCACGCAACGGAAAAAGAUUGGAGUAGGUGAGCACUUUCAGGCAGAGGUACCUGGUUGGACUGGGCAACCUUCAGGGAAAGAGCUUUCAUGUUACAGGAAUGACCCAGAGACAUCAAAGAUGUUAGGGACUAGAAUGUGGCCUCCUGAGGGUGAAGUUUAUAAAACUGACAUUGUAGCUGUUGGGCAGGGAAGGCCUGGAUCAUGUAAUUGCCCCUACCCAGGAUCCUUCCUCUGCAGACAGCUCCACACAAAUGAAGCAAGAGAUCAGCUACGCUCUGAACUUGGUCGAGUUUUUACAAUGUGGCAAUUUGAUUCUAUGGGGGAGGAGGUUUCUAAGCUGUGGAGUCGUGAUGAGCAACUAAAGUUCGACGCACUUGAGCAAUUGGUUCCCGUUAUGGAUCAAAAGACAUAUUGGGCUGUUGUGUCGAAAAAUUUUGCUUCAAAGCCCAGGAUAGAUUUGAUAAAGUACUAUCUGAAUGUGUUCCUGAUGAGAAGAGUGUUGUACCAGUGCAGACUCGGUCUUCUGGAAAUUGAUAGUGACGAAGAUGACGUGGAGGAAGAAGAGGACGAAGAUCAACCUGAAGGAUCCAGCUCUCUUCAGAGGACUCAAGAUGCCCAAGACUUGAAGAAGGUGCCAUGAUUCUGCUGACAACAAUCUGACAUGCUUUUUUGCAUGUGCCUUUUGUUCAAGUUUAUGCUGAGACAUUGCAUCAAGUGAUGCACCAUUGCUCCGAGUGAUUGCAAGUCUAAUUUUUUGCAGAUUUUUUGGUUGAGGGCUGCAUUCACUUUGGUUCAGCCAUCUUUUGUGGACAGAAAACUAAACCGAGUGUUAAAUCAUCCCCGUGCGUCUAUCUAGGGAAGCAAAUCAAUACUUCAACCUCACCAGAUCCAAAUCAUUUUCUGUUGUAAGGGGGGAGGGGGUUAAGCAGGUCAUCAUCUCAUCCGCAUUUGAUUGGCUUGUGCUCUUGGCAUGACAAAACCUUCGAGUCUGACUAGUUUGGUUACCUAUGUUCAGCGGAUACAUCAGAAUCUUCCAGAUGUUAUUUCCAUUACAUGUGUCCAGACCGAAAAAAAAAUCGCACCUUUCGCUUUUGCUGCGCUGAAUUUGUUGACCUGUAAAUGAUGUCGCGCAGAGGCAUACACAAAAAAAUCUCCCUGUGAAGCGGAAUCUGCCUCCUUCGGAA